UUCUCCGUUCUCAGCGGCGUCAUGCAGAGGGGUCCCGCCCCACAGGUCCUGCGAGAUCUCUGCGCCGUGCAGCAGGAGCCAGCUGAGCACUUUGGAGUGGCCGCGACUGGCAGCAAAGUGCAUGGCCGUGGCGCCGUCUUGGUCCUGCUCAGACAAGCUCAGGCCCGCAGAGCUCACCUGGCGGGGGCGUGGCUUCGUUAGGCCCCCCCCGGCCCCGCCUCAGUCCCAGGCGGGCCCCGCCCACGCCCAGAGCUGUCGGGCUCUGUCCCUAGCUCACCAGCCACACGAGCACUGGGUUGUGGCCCAUCUGCGCCGCGGCGUGCAGUGGGGUCAUGCCGUCUUGGGCGCGCACGUGAGGAUCUGCGUUGCACUCCUGCACAAGGCCACUCCCUCCAGGAUCCGCGUUUUGCCUGCCCUAGUCGAUACCAGCCCCAGGAGUCCGGCUCCCCUCGGGAUCUGCCCAAGCCCUCAACCUCAGGAGCCCACCUUAUCUAAAGCCCACUGCAAAGUGAAGCGCGCAGAGCCCAGCGGAGCCAAGACCGCGUCUAUUCCAACCAUCCUUGAGGACAGGAGUCCUCUUUGGGCCCAAACCGUCUCUUGGAGUGGACUCACCUGCACUCGGCAACCGCCCUGCGUGAGCAGCCACUGCAAGCAGGAGAGGUACCCUGUGGCGGCGGCGUCGUGCGCGGGUGUGGCGCCGUUGCGCGCACGGGCCGCGGCCGGGAGGGCAGCCUCCUCCACCAGGUAGCGCAGACAGUGCAGCUUGCCCGAGCGGGCCGCGUGGUGCACCGGCAGGGCGUCCAGUGGGUCCCGCAGAGAAGGCCCCAGCUGGCCGGCGGCGUGCAGGGACCUCAGCACGCCCAGGUCGCCCCGCCGUGCCGCCUGCAGAGCCUGCUCCAGGGCCAUGGUGCGGCCCUCGGCGCCGCGAGCCGGCGCUCAGUGGCUGCCCCCGGGCGUCAUGAGGGUGGCCUCAGGCUCCAGAAGUCCCGCGGCGCUGCCGUCGGAGGAGUGCGGACCCGGGAGGCAGAGCUGAGGCCCGCUGGCGCCCGCUCUGCUGUCCCUGGGACUCAACUCCAGCUCGGCAGCUCUCUGAGGCGGGGACCCCGCGAGUCCCCGCUUAAGCCUGGGACCCGCCCCCGCCACGCCUCCUCCCUGCCCCGCCUCCCCUGCCCUGAGCCCUCCCCCAUCCCCCGCGGGCGACAAGGGUUGGUGCGCACACAGAAACGGAAUAGGUUUCUAGCAGCAUGCAGACGCAGACGCGCUCGUCCAGCUGCCCAGUGGCCACUAUGUGUUGUUUCAGGUGCUGGGGACACAAGCCAGCAAGUGAUGGCAGCUGCAAGGAGCGAUAAGUGUCACUAGAACCUGGCAAGCGGGAGAUAGGAAAGGUUUUGUCAUAGGCGUCAAGAAGGUGCCCUGUGCUGGUCUGAUUGGUAAGAAGACAGUCGAGAGAGAGAGAGAGAGACAGAGAGACAGAGAGACAGAGAGACAGAGAGACAGAGAGACAGAGAGACAGAGAGACAGAGAGAGACAAAGGCAGAGAGACAGAGGCAGAGAGAUAGGAACUGGACGCCACUGCCCAGAAGCUUAAAAAAAAUCCCACCAAGUGUCGGAUGCCCCAGUGCCCAGUGCUCAGACUCCAAGGUCCUUCUAGAGACUAGAGUCUAGACCCACAAAAAGAAGGGAGAAGGCAGAAAGACAACGAAAGGCCGGAGGCAGCAAAAUGAUUGGGUAAAGGUGUCUGCUGUCAAGCCUGACAACCUGAAUUCCAUCCGUGGGACCCUUGUGGCGAGAAGCAGCUCCCACAGCGGUCUUCUGACUGCACACGCACAUUGUAGCAAU